AUGGAUCCCUCGGAAUUUGACGAUAAGUUCUGGACUGGGAAAUGCCUUUCGGCGCAGUUGAUGGAGGACGAGCCUUUCCAGUCACCGGAGGUAGAUCCGUUGCUGAGGCAUUUCAGAGACUUUGAGCAGAAGUUUGAAUGCUUGAAAUAUUUAGGGGAAGGUAAACAAGGAAUUGUUCUAUCGGCCCAUAUCAACAGCGUUCAAUACGCCAUCAAAGUGUUCUACCCUUUUACCAUUCUCCCGGAUUCACGGCUCAAUCCCGAAGAGCAGCAUCUUUAUUUCAAUCCAUUUAGCUGUGAAUGUCGAGCGUUCGCCCGUUUACAAGACAUGAACGAAGACGGCACGUUUGCGGUCAAGUGCUACGGGUGGGUAAAGCUGUCAAGCUCCCAGGUCAAUGACAUCCGUGCCCUCUGCAAAGAGAAGGAUUUUAUCCCAUGGGCAUUAGUCAAGGAACUGGUCAGCACAGCUGCUCAUCCAAAUCAACUCACUAAAAUGAUCGAGAAUAUAGACAUUGCAGAACAGUGUAAUCUGUUCAUCCCAGACGUCCAACCUUCCAACUAUGGCGCAGGAAAGUUCUUGGACCUUGGAGCAGCGAAAGUACUGCCAUAUCAUCCGGUCUACUGGCCUGGCUACUGUUUCACUCAAUCCUUUACCGAUCAUCGCAACCGGCUGCGGAAGUGGACGGUCAACGAAAGUAAGUUUAUUGACAAAUACGAAGAUUAA